UCUCCUCCCUUUGUGAUUUUGUUCGUGUCAUAAUAUGGCUCCUCCUGAAGCACUUUCCGGCGACGGAGCCUUUACUGUGCGGCGGCACCAACCUGAACUGGUGUCCCCGGCGAAGCCCACCCCUCGUGAAUUGAAACCGCUCUCCGACAUAGAUGACCAAGAUGGUUUACGAUUUCAGAUACCAUUUAUGCACUUCUACAGUCACAAAGCUUCCAUGAAAGGGAAGGACCCAGCUCAAGUGAUAAAGAAGGCACUUUCUGAAGCUCUGGUAUUUUACUACCCGUUUGCAGGUCGACUGAGAGAAGGAGAUGGACGGAAGCUUAUGGUGGAUUGUAAUGGAGAAGGAGUGAUGUUUACUGAAGCCGAUGCUGAUAUUAGUCUUCACCAAUUCGGUGACACUCUUCAGCCUCCAUUCCCAUAUUUUGAUGAGUUGCUUUAUAACGUUCCUGGUUCUCAAGGAGUUCUCAACUGUCCCCUCCUAAUCAUCCAGGUGACGCGCCUCCAGUGUGGCGGAUUCAUCUUGGCCUACCGCCUAAAUCACACCAUGAGUGACGGUCCUGGCAUAGUCCAAUUCCUAAACGCCGUGGUGGAGAUUGCCGGCGGUGCACGUGAACCGUCGGUUGCUCCGGUAUGGCGGAGAGAGCUUCUAUCAGCAAGGGACCCGCCUCAAAUUACUUGUACACAUCGUGAGUACGAGCAAAUCCCCAGUAACUACGAUCCAAUAUGGACCCAAGAGAGCAUCGCUCAUCACUCUUUCUUCUUUGGACCCAAAGAGCUAGAAGCCAUCCGCCAAAUGUUUUCCAGUUAUAAUAAUGGUCAGUACACUACAAGGUUUGAAGCUCUCACGGCUUUCCUAUGGCGUUGUCGUACUAAAGCAUUGCAAUUAGAACCCUCUCAAGAGGUUCGCUUUAUGUGCAUCAGUAAUGUAAGGGGCAAAUCAAACCCUCCAGUACUACCACUUGGUUACUAUGGCAAUGGUUUUGUGUACCCAGCUGCAGUCACAACAGCAGGGAAGCUAUGUGAAAAUCCAUUUGGGUAUGCCUUAGAGUUGGUGAAGAAGGCCAAAGCUGAGGCCACGGUGGAGUAUAUGCAAUCUGUGGCUGAUUUUAUGGUCACUAAAGGACGACCCUGCUUCGUUAUGCCCGGAACAUGGAUCGUGUCGGACACGUCUCGUCUCGGGUUUAGGGGUGUGGAUUUUGGGUGGGGUAAGGCGGUGUACGGUGGACCGGCGACGGCCGGAGCCGGUCCUUUUCCUGGAGCGAGCUAUUAUGCUGCAUGUGAGAAUGCAAAAGGAGAGGAAGGUAUUGUUGUGCCAUUCUACUUGCCGCUCAGUGCUAUGAAGAGGUUCAUCCACGAACUGGAUCGUGUACUUGGCCAACUAGAACAAUUAACAAGCUUCUCAGAUAGUCUAGCGUCAUUAUCAUAAUUAUAUGGUCGUUUGGGCUGUGUUAAAUACAUAUUGUGCAUGGUUUAAUUACCUCAAUUAUUAAUAGCUUAUAGUUGUGGUUGGUUUGGUUAUGGAUCUUUGUCGCUGAGGGUCCGUUAUUUUAAUGAAGUGGGUCAGGAUCCAUGUUAUUAUUGAUGGAGUACUCUAGAUGUAGGUGUGUAUUGUUGUUGGUUUUUCUUUGUUGUCUGCAUAUAUGUAUAUAUAUCACCAUUCCCCCAUGUUAUCAAUAUCAGUCUGUUAUUCUUUCGCAA